AUGAGUGUCACCAGUAGAACCGGUUUGGUGCCCACACCCAAAAAGACCCGAAGAUAUUUGGCAAAAAAAUCCCAUAAUAACAAUUUGCCGCAAAACUUUGAGGCUCUACCCAUGGCUUUAUCCUUAAGGCCAUUUGGGGGCCUUUAUAAUCCCUUUGCCAAGGGCUGUUCGGUUUUGUGCAAUCAUCCGGCACCGGCAGAAGUUAAACAAAUCAUCAGUCAAUGUAAACAAUCAUUGUCCGUAGAGGGUAAAAAUAUCCAGCAAAUACAAGCGGCUCUCACAGAAAAGCCCAGCUCCCCCAAUGAGCCUCCAGAUAACAUACCAGAAGAUUUAUUUCGCCGCUAUACCGAUACCGACUCAAGACCCUUAACGCCCACACCCACUGUGACCAGCAUACAUACAAGAACCAGUGCCGGUUCUUUUCUAAACAAUCGCCGUUGUAUUACCCCCGAAUUAGGUAAUAAUGAUAUGAUUAAACGUAAGAAAAUUAUUUUGGAUUUAAGAAGAUCACACUCACAAGAGACUUUAUACUGGAAACCCUGUUCGGAUUUAUCGAGUGGUGGCGGUUUUGCAGACAGUGAUCAAAAGACACGUAGUGCAGGGGCUAUAGAGGAGAAAAAGGGUAGAAAACAGAAAUCAGAAGAGCAGCAAAGGCCCAAGUCGUCUUUGGCCACUGCCACUAUACCAGAAGAGGGUGGCGAAGCAGCAACAGAGGAAGCGAAAAAGGUGAUACACACUUGUAUAAAUGAUCAAGACUUUGCAGAUGAAGAUAUUAGAAGGGGUAAACGGCGUAAGAAGAUUAAGACGGUAGCGGCUACCGCCACUACUUUUCAUUUGAGUCAAGAUCCUGAGACACAAGUGGCAGCUUUGGGUCCUGACUCCUUAAAUCCUAGUACUAGACCUAGUUUGAUACCAAAUGCUGCUAAUCUUUUGCCCAGCCAAGAUAAACGAGCCAGUGAGGAGGUUUUAUUAAAAGGCAGCUUUUUGACGGAUGAAGCUUUUCAGGCUUUAAAAAUUAAAUUGGAUGUAGAUCUUAUAGAAAAUACAUUUGAUAGAUAUCUUAAUAGAGCCUAUCGGGAGGCCUAUAAAUAUUUACCCCUGAAACCUAAAGACCACAAUGAGGUGAUAAAAGAACUGGAAAAGUUAAAUAUGAUUUGCGAAAAAAUGCCACGCAAAUUUUCCAAAUCAGCCACCAGAUUUGAUGUGCCCAUGGAUUUGAAAUCGGUGGAAAAAAUGUCUGUCUUUCAUUACUUAAGCCAAUAUGUUUGGGUUUCACGGCAACGCAAACAAAUCUAUAAAAGAAUAUUUCUAAAAUAUCUUAAAACUUCGCUAGAGCAACAAGACCCGCCGCCAGCUUUAACAGCAGAAACUGAAAUAAGUUUUCCUUUGCCGGAUUAUCAAGAGCGUUAUAUGAAUAUUAAGUUUCUAUAUCAAGCUUUAGAAGAUGUUUUGGAAUUUUAUGGCACUGAAGAGAAUAUCAAAAGAGUUUUGGAUCUCAUCAAAUAUGAGGAAUUAAAAGAAUCUGAACAGUUAAUAAAUUUUCGCAGUUGGUGUGGUCUAGUAGCCUUUGCCGAACGUUUGGCUUUAGAUGAUCCCUCCUGUACGGAUUCAUGUGAUGAGCUGGAAAAAUCAGAUUUUAAUAGCCUAGAACUGCGCAUUAAAGCCUUUAAAAUACCCGAUAAUUUAAGACAAGUAUUUGAAAUUAUACGUAAUACCCAUAAUAUAAAAAUUUAA